GGAGAGCUAUUCAUAUAAGCCAGGCAGCUGUUAAUAAUGAACCUGAUUUCCUUGUGCCUCAAAUCGGUCAUCGGUGGCAUUGAUUCUUCUCAGACCUGGGUCAUUAGCAAAUCAGCUGUCUGGACCUCUGUGUUCUCAAAUCAGAGAUGUCAGAGAUUCCUUACUACAGUUCAUAUGAGCUCUGAGGCUGCGCUUUGGAGAACAUUUGCUACUCAACUGUGCAUCUACUAUGGAGUGCCACAUCAAGAGCAUGUCUCAACCCCUUAACUGCAAAUAUGCCAUGGAAGCACCACCAAGUAUUUUGUGGAAAACAAGGAACAACUUGUUUCCCUGAGAAAGAGGAAAGUAAAAGAAUGAUUUAUGAGUAUCCAGUGAAAUCACUUUUCUGGCACCCGUGGCCGUGAGUGUUAAUGACAAAUCCAGAGGUAUAAAUAGCUGUGGAUGAAAAACCUUCAUCCCAUUCCCCAGUGAGCAACCAUGAAGACCUUCAUCUUCCUCGCUUUCCUAGGAGUUGCUGUCGCUUCCACCACUGAUGAUGAUGAUGACGACAAAAUCGUCGGGGGGUACACUUGUCAGGCGAAUUCAGUCCCCUACCAGGCAUCCCUGAACUCAGGCUACCACUUCUGCGGUGGCUCCCUCAUCAGCGACCAGUGGGUGGUGUCCGCGGCUCACUGCUACAAGUCCCGAAUCCAGGUGCGUCUGGGAGAACACAACAUUGAAGUCACUGAGGGCAAUGAACAAUUCAUUAAUGCUGCCAAGAUCAUCACUCACCCCAAAUACAAUAAAUCCACCAUGGAUAAUGACAUUAUGCUAAUUAAGCUGAGCUCAAAAGCCAAGAUCAGCUCUCAAGUGUCCACGGUCUCUCUGCCAAAAUCUUGUGCAUCUGUUGGUACUCAGUGUCUCAUCUCUGGCUGGGGCAACACCCUGAGCAGUGGCGUCAACUACCCUGAUCUCCUGCAGUGUCUGAAGGCUCCGGUCCUCUCUGACAGCACUUGCCGCAACUCCUACCCAGGCCAGAUUACUAGCAAUAUGGUCUGUGUGGGCUUCACGGAGGGUGGAAAGGACUCUUGCCAGGGUGACUCUGGUGGCCCUGUGGUCUGCAAUGGACAACUCCAGGGCGUCGUCUCCUGGGGCGAUGGCUGUGCUCUGAAAGGCAAACCUGGUGUCUACACCAAGGUCUGCAACUACGUGAGUUGGAUUCAACAGACCAUCGCUGCCAACUAGACACCUUUAUCUCUUCAUGUCUCAUCUCCUGUUAUACAGCUUCGCCUUCCUUCUAUGCCUGAAAACAGUACCUAAAUAAAAACAU